CCAAACACACCUGGUGAUAAUACUACUACUAGACUAGUGGCAAAUAUUGUCUGUUUGUGGUUGUGUGUUCUCGCGGGAGGCAAUGGAAGACGCCGGAAGUUAUCCAAAUCCCGACAACCCAUCGCACAAAAUCGUUGACGUCGCUGCUGGUGAAUCACACACUCUUCUUCUUACUGAAGAUGGCAGUGUAUACUGUUGGGGUAGAGGAAUGUUUGGACGGCUUGGUAAUGGUUCUCAAAAAGAUGAACUUUUCCCAAAAAAACUCAACUUUGGAAACCCUAAUGGAACUCAAGACAGUGUUAAAAUAGUGGGUAUUGCUGCUGGUUCUUAUCACACUCUUGCUCUUGCAGAAGAUGGAUCUGUUUGGUGCUGGGGUUACAAUAUAUAUGGUCAACUUGGUCUUUGUGAAGAGGAGGACUCGCAUGAUUCCUUAGUUCCUUGCUUACUUAGCAGGUUUCUUGAGUUGCAACCGCACAAUUCUUCAACAGACCCAUCUGAAGCAGAAGACAAAGCAUCACUAGAGAUGUGUACUGUCAAAGCAGGAGGAAUGAUGUCUCUGGCUAUUGAUAAUCGCGGAACCCUAUGGAUGUGGGGAAACAUCCCACAAGAAAGCAAAGAAAGUGGGAUAUCUCUUGUAAGCAGUUUCACUCCAACGCCAGUCUGGGAUUUUCACGGUCGAACUGUUGUCAAGGUUGCAUGUGGAAACGAGCAUGUCGUAGCUCUGGUUAAUGCUAUAGACUCACACGAGGAUGAAGAUCUACUAUGCUACUCUUGGGGUUAUAACAGCCAUGGCCAAUUAGGUUUGGGGGAUAGGCAGAGCAGGCUGCAUCCAGAAGUUGUAAAAAUACUCGACGAGGAGUCUCCUUGGACAAUUUAUGAGGUAGCAUGUGGUGCCUUUCACACUGCUUUGCUUGCUCACAAAAAGAAACCUGACGCCACAUUAGAAAGCAUGUGCUGGACCUUUGGCCUUGGUGAGAAUGGCCAACUUGGACACGGAACAACGCAAAGCACUUUAUUUCCUACUCCUGUUAAAGAAUUGCCACAAAGCAUACACCUUAUUUCUGUUGACUGUGGCUUGUUUCAUACAAGUGUUGUGUCCUCAACUGGGGAUGUGUGGUCAUGGGGAAUGGAGAAGGGUCUUGGCUUAUGUCCUGAUGCUAAUCGUGCUGAAACAAAUUCUGGUGGUGACGCCCUCUCUCCUCUUCUCAUCUCAUGCAAUUUACAUCAACCCAUUUUUCCAGGUCCCGUUAAAGUUGCAUGUGGGGCAGCACAUACUGUUGUUGUUGCUCAGGAGGGACAUAAGGUUUGGUCUUGGGGUAGGGGGAGGAGUGGAGUUCUUGGGAAUGGAAAAGAAAUGGAUAGUUACACUCCCACCAUUGUUCCGUGGCCUCCAACAAUUGAGGGCCUCGAAGAAGAGGAAUUAAAUAGCUCUGAUGGGCAAGAUAAGGUCGCAGAAAAAAAACCCGAAAUAAUAGCAGAAACAGAUGAGAAAUUAUCCACGGCGUUGAAUGAGCUGAAGCUGCUUCAAACAAAGCUAUCUAUAAUGGAGAAAUAUGCUAGUAUACUUCAUGGUUCAAUUUUUGGAAAACCAUUUAAUGAGCAAGAUAUCCCUGUUUCAUUGGGGAAUUCUGGUUCAAUGGAUAUUGCAAAAGAAUGGGAGAACAUGUUAGAGGCAGCAGAUGAUAGGAAGCUAGUUACGAUGGAAAUGUUUUACCGUGACAUGCUUACCGGUGUGAAAGAUAAAUUAAUGAAGAGAAAGAUCAAAGAAAUUAUAAAGGAGUGUCUCGAAUCUUCAGAGGUAAUUAAAUAAUUAGUAUGAUAGAAACAAAACACAUGUUAUGAACACAAGAUUUCACAUUCAAAGCAGUGAAGUUAUUUGAUCUUUCCAUUUUGUGUAAAUGGUCUGCUCAUUUGUCCCUUAACUUGAUCAAUCUUUCUGAGCACUAUGUAUUACACUAUUAUGACUUUGGAUUAUGAGAUAUUAUUUUGCUUCAUUCAUUACUGUCAUUUUCAAAAAUAAAAAAGGGUAAGUGACUAUUUCUAAGUUAUCAGAA